AUGGCUCGUCGCCCGUAUGAUUUGCUGUUCAAGCUGUUGCUCAUCGGUGAUUCGGGUGUCGGCAAGACGUGUAUACUUUACCGAUUCAGCGAUGACGCUUUCAACACCACGUUCAUUUCAACGAUUGGCAUUGAUUUCAAAAUCAAGACAAUCGAAUUGAGGGGAAAGAAAAUCAAACUGCAGAUAUGGGAUACUGCCGGUCAAGAACGUUUUCAUACAAUCACAACGUCAUACUAUAGAGGAGCAAUGGGAAUAAUGUUGGUGUACGAUAUAACAAAUGCGAAAAGUUUCGAUAAUAUAGCAAAAUGGUUGCGAAAUAUCGACGAGCACGCAUCAGAGGACGUAGUGAAAAUGUUGCUAGGAAAUAAAUGCGACAUGACUGAACGACGAGUAGUGAGUAGAGAAAGAGGAGAGAAAAUUGCCAAGGAUCAUGAUAUCAGAUUCCUGGAGACGUCAGCCAAAGCGAAUAUACAUAUUGAUACAGCCUUCUAUGAGCUAGCAGAAGCUAUUUUAGAUAAGAUGCCAGCUCAGACAGAAGAGCCAAGAGUGACGAUAAAUCCAUUGGAUAGUGGGAAAUCAGGCAGUGGCGGCUGCUGUUAG